CCUUUUUCCCACCCUCCAUCUCCCCUAGAACCAAUUUCCCGUCGCCGAGUUCUGUCGUCUUAAGCUCGAAACACUCCGCGACCUCCCAAACCCGACGUUUGGCGGCAACCCCCUCCUCGUUCCUGCACCAUGUCGUGGAAACUCACCAAAAAGUUGAAGGAGACCCAUUUGGGUCCCCUCGCGAACACGUUCUCGCGAUCCCCUUCGACGUCCACCAUUACAGAGAAGGACGACAAGAGUCAGGGCGCCAUUUCCGGAACAGCGACGCCCACAAACGAGAGCAAUAUAGCCGCCUCGGAAGCCCUCUCCCAAACACCUGUCGUCAAGACGCCCAAACCUGGCAUCCUCGUUGUCACCCUUCACGAAGCCCAAGGUCUCUCUCUCCCAGAGCAACACCGAAAUGCGUUCAGCCCGUCCCACGGCGGCAGCUCGUUGUCCACAGGAAAUGCGCUCAGCAUGGCCGGCUCGGGACGGCCUUCGUCGUCUUCCCGGUCGGCGGGUUUCACGGGCGGCCGGCCCCAGACAUCCGGCGGAUUUAGCGGCAUCCCUACCAACCACGGCCGUAUUUCCACCAAGUAUAUGCCCUACGCCUUGAUCGAUUUCGAUAAGGUGCAGGUCUUUGUCAACUCAGUCGAGGGCACGCCCGAGAACCCCCUGUGGGCUGGUUCCAACACACAGUACAAAUUCGACGUUUCGAGAGUGACGGAACUUGUGGUACAUCUCUACAUCCGCAAUCCCAAUGCCCCUCCAGGAUCAGGCCGGAGCCAGGACAUCUUCCUUGGCGUGGUCCGCAUCAACCCUCGAUUUGAAGAGAGGCAGCCGUACGUCGAGGACCCCAAAGCGAGCAAGAAGGACCGCGAGAAGGCCGCGGCCGAGCACGCCAGCCGGGAGCGCGCGCUGGGCCACAGCGGUGUCGAGUUUGUCGACGUGCAGUACGGUACCGGCAAGCUCAAGAUUGGCGUUGAAUACGUCGAGAACCGAGCAGGCAAGCUCAAGAUCGAGGACUUUGAGCUGCUCAAAGUGGUUGGGAAGGGCAGCUUUGGCAAGGUCAUGCAGGUGCGGAAGAAGGACACGAACCGGAUCUACGCCCUCAAGACGAUUCGGAAAGCCCACAUCAUCUCGAGGUCCGAGGUGGCACACACGCUGGCGGAGCGGUCGGUCCUCGCACAGAUCAACAACCCCUUCAUCGUGCCGCUCAAGUUCACCUUCCAGAGCCCGGAGAAGCUCUACUUUGUUCUUGCUUUCGUCAACGGCGGAGAGCUCUUCCACCACUUGCAAAAGGAGCAGCGCUUCGAUGUCAACCGCAGUCGCUUCUAUACGGCCGAGCUGCUGUGUGCCCUCGAAUGUCUCCACGGGUUCAACGUCAUCUACCGUGACUUGAAACCCGAGAACAUCCUUCUUGACUACCAGGGCCACAUUGCGCUCUGUGACUUCGGCCUCUGCAAGCUGGACAUGAAGGACGAGGACCGCACCAACACCUUCUGCGGCACCCCCGAAUAUCUGGCCCCCGAGCUGUUGAUGGGCAACGGCUACAACAAGACGGUCGACUGGUGGACGCUGGGCGUGCUUCUUUACGAGAUGUUGACCGGUCUUCCGCCGUUCUACGACGAGAACACCAACGAGAUGUACCGCAAGAUCCUCAGCGAGCCGCUGCACUUCCCAGGCCACGAGAUCGUUCCGCCGGCCGCCAAGGACCUCCUGACCAAGCUGCUGAACCGCGAUCCACAACAGCGCCUGGGUGCCAACGGCUCCGCCGAGAUCAAGGCACAUCCCUUCUUCCACGCUAUCGACUGGCGGAAGCUGUUGCAGCGCAAGUACGAGCCGGCGUUCAAGCCGAACGUGGCUGAUGCGCUGGAUACGGCCAAUUUUGACCCCGUCUUCACGGAGGAGCUACCCCAAGACUCCUACGUCGAUGGCCCGGUCCUGUCCGAGACCCUGCAGAACCAGUUCACUGGUUUCAGCUACAACCGCCCGAUUGCCGGUCUUGGAGAUGCUGGUGGCAGUGUGAAGGACCCGUCGUUUGUGGGCAGCAUGCAGAACAGCCUGAGAUGAGGUGCUGCCUCUCUAGAGGGUUGCUCCUGUUCGGCUGCUUUCCUUUUUGUUCCCUCAUUUGGGUAAAGCGAACAUUGGCGGGGCCCCCUGGGGGGGAGGGGGGGCGGAGGAGGAGGAGGAGGAGGAGACUGGACAGCACAAAGCGCAUCCAAAUCAUUUUUUUGGGGCUUUUGCAAGCGGGAAGUGUUUAGUUGUGCCAUUUUCGUAUCUUUCACAAUUUUGGGACUCG